AACAAGGAGUCCAGCCUGGGAACAGGAGAGGUGCUAACGCUUCCAGGAAGGGGGGAGUGAGUGAGUGGGUCGGCGGGCAGGGAAAGGGUCGAGGGGUGCAGAUGCACUCAGCUUCCUGUUUGGAGAAGCGGAAACCACACUGGAGGCAAGGCUUGGCCAGGUGGAGCUGGCCAGAAAAACAUUCUUGCCCCCACUGUCUAUGCGCUGGGCUAUGCCACUCAGCUGCGGGCUCCCGCCCUUCCAGAGCUAGGCUCUGUCCCCUCCUGGGCUGGGCUGCAGCCCUCCCCAGGCUGGCUCUGUUCCCCAUAACACCUCCUGUCCUGGGGCUUGGCCCCCAGGCCCUGGCUCAGGCGGGCAGCUGUCAGGGGCCAGAGCCCUGCCCUGACGGAUGAGUGCUGACGGCCGCUCUCCAUGUGCCCUCUUCGGCUGACACCCCAUCACACCGCUGCGGGGACCCCGGGAGACCUGGCCGCCUCUGCGCACCCCGGCGGCAGCCUGCAGGCGACGGGGGGCGGGGACGGUGCCAGGCGCCCCGCAUUCGUCUGCACACCUGCGCCUCCACUCCUGGCUCCUCCGCGACGCUGCUUUCCCUGGUGGUGCCACUGGUGUCACCGGCCACCGUUCUAUCCAGGAGUUAACGGCGCUGCGGAGAGAGCUGAGCGGGUCCUGGGCGCGCCAGGCUGCGGGUGUCGGAGGUCGCAGCGCCCCCCAGAGCCGGAGCCCGGCGCCGCGGCGCACGCGCGGCCGCUCCUGCCGCCAACUUCGGUGGGUGCGAGUCGGCGUCGGGGGGACGCGGUCGGCGGCGGAGGAAUCCGGCACUCGCUGUCAACGUCUAGGCUCCUUCCUUACACCCGGAUCGUCUGAACGAAGCAGCCCCGUCCCUGUAAGACGAGGCCCGGGAGGGCUAGGCAGACGGGAGUUGGGGGUCUCAUCCUCAGCCUAGGAGGAGCCUGGUCAUGCCGUCUGCACCACACUCUGUGGGGUCCCAAGUCCCAAAGGGGCCAAUGGCAUGGAUGUAACUGGGCAGCCUACAUUUUUAUGAGCUGCACCUGGCGACCUUAGACGUGCACAAGGAGAGGAACUAAAGGGUGGUCAUGGUGCCGUGGCCCGUCCGCUAGCAGGCUGCCAUGUCCCGAGAGGUGGGAGGCUCAUGCCGCCUGGGCUCUGGGGCCCGGGUCCGGUCCCGGAAGCCCAAGAAGCCACACUACAUCCCCCGGCCCUGGGGAAAGCCCUACAACUACAAGUGCUUCCAGUGCCCGUUUACCUGCCUGGAGAAGUCACACUUGUACAACCACAUGAAGUACAGCCUCUGCAAGGACUCCCUCUCGCUGCUGCUGGACUCUCCAGACUGGGCGUGCCGCAGGGCCCCGACCACACCACAGCCCCCUGGGCCCCCCACAAACUGCCCCUCCGACCCUGCAGACCCUGGUGGGCACCCCCGAGGAGCUGAGCUCCCAGAUAAUCCUGCCUCGCCCAGCCUCAUUGUCACUGACACUCUCUCCCAGCACUGCCGUGUUGGGGGCCUCAAGCCAGAGGCUGAGGGGUCCCCAGAGAUGCCACCCGCUGUGGCCAAGAAUGCCCAGAAGGGUGCAGGCCUUGGUGGGCUCCUGGCUGAGUCAUGGAAGCCAAAGCCAGGCAGGGGCCCCAGGAGUGCAGUUAUGGCGGACUCGGCUGCAGUGGGCCCUGAGAGCGGGGUGCCCUGCUACCCUCCGCCUACUUCCAGCGAGUUCCCUGAGGCCCAGAGCCUCCAGCUGUCCCUGCUGGGAGUCAACUACCCUCUUGGCCCCAGCUUCUUCUCCUAUCUGGGUCCCUCCCUGGCCACUGCAGCCCAUGUGCCCUUCCUGGGCUCAGCCAGCCCCCUUCUUCCCCCAGCCUCUGCCUUCCCUGCCCUGCAGCCUCCCGAGCACCCUGCUCCUACCCCCCACCUGUACUACCCUCUGCUCCUGGAGCAUGGCCUGGGGCUGCAGUCAGGAAAGGCUGCCCCUGCCAAGCCCCCUGCCCCUCCCAAGGGACCCCCUGGGACUCUGGCCCCUGGGCUGCUGAAAGUGCCAGUACCUGGGCUUGUUGGGCCCUGGCUCUGUGGUGCUCCCAGGGACCCAGGGCAGGAGGGCGGGCUGGAGCUGGCUGCCCAGAGUGACCCCAAGAGGAAGCUGCCCCUGGGAAGCAGGCUGCAGCCCACGAAGGCCCCCUCCAGCAUGGCCAACUUUAGUUCCCAGAGCAGCCUGCGGACUGGCCCUUCCGUGAUUCUCUGGCCUGAGGACAAGGAGCCAGGCGACUCUGAGACCCUGGGCCCUGCCUCCCCCCUGCCCCAGCAGCCAUCGGGCCCAAUGCUGGUGGUCCCUGGGCCUGUGUGCGAGGACCUGACACGCGCCCUUGGUGACUAUGCUAGGGUGGAGCAGCGCCUGGGGCAGCUGGCACCUGCCAGGGGCCUGGCUCCACGGCCUCUUCGGGAACAGCUGGGCAAGAUCCGCCGGGAGCUGCUCACCAUCCACCAGGUGCUAGAGCAGGCCGUGCGGCCCCCGGAUGUGCCCCUUGACCUCUCUGUGAAACGGACGUCUUCCAAGUUACCCGAGGUGACCUCGGGAGCCUGGGGGCAAUCAGAGCUGGGUUCCAUACUGGUCCAGGGGACGCCCAACCCCCCCAGAGGGCUGGGCCCCACAGCAGCUGAGCCUUUCUCUGGCCACACCACCAAGUGUGAGGCUGACUCCAGUGUCCCACCCCCGGGACUCCCCCUCCAAGCCCCAGAUGACCCCGUCAUUCCUGGCGGUAGCUGGGGCCCCCGUGGCAGGCCCGGGGGCUCCUGGCCCUCGGAGGCUGUCUCCGGCCUGCAGAGCUCCCCAGGCACGGAGGUCUGACUGCAGCUCGUGCCGCCACCUCUGCCGCGACAGAGGUCCUCUCCCAACCCCAUGCCCACCACCUGGCCCUCUACCUGCCUCAGCCCCCCGGGUGAGGCCUGGAGCCUGCCCAGCCUGCCCGUGGACAGAUCCCACCCACCAUGGCCGUGGCCUGUCUCCGGGGCCACAUGGGGACAGCAGAGAACCGUGGCUUUUUAUUGAUCACAGUUACGAACAUUAAAAUAGAAACCACCUUCA